AUAAUGAAUUAUGAGAAAAUUGAUAGCACAAUUCCCGGGCCAGGAAUCUCUGAAACCGACUGGAAUGACGUAUUCGAAGGAUGUAACUGCGAGGCUGAGUGCUCUUCAGCCGCCGGUUGCUCGUGUCUAAUCAAUAAAAUCGAUAAUUACACUGUCGAUGGAAAAAUCAAUAAAUCAUCGGAGCUUCUAAUCGAGUGCUCCGAUCAAUGUGCCUGCAUACUGCUCCCAACUUCAUGUAGGAAUCGAGUUGUGCAAUGUGGACCACAGAAAAAGCUGGAAAUUUUCAGCACUUGUGAGAUGGCAAAAGGAUUCGGAGUUCGAGCCGGCGAGCAGAUAGCCGCCGGCGAAUUUGUGUGCGAAUACGCUGGGGAAUGUAUUGGCGAGCAAGAAGUUGAACGGAGAUGUCGAGAAUUCCGAGGAGACGAUAAUUAUACGCUUACGUUGAAGGAGUUUUUCGGUGGAAAACCCGUGAAAACGUUCGUAGACCCGCGCCUACGUGGAAAUAUCGGACGGUUUUUAAAUCAUAGCUGUGAGCCGAAUUGUGAGAUUAUUUUGGCUCGCCUUGGCAGAAUGAUUCCCGCGGCGGGGAUUUUUGCGAAACGCGACAUUGUACGUGGCGAGGAGUUGUGCUACGAUUACGGACAUUCGGCGAUAGAAGGGGAAAAUCGAAAAUUGUGUCUGUGCAAGUCGGAAAAGUGCCGAAAGUACCUUCCAAUGUCAGCAACGCCGAUUGAAUGAAAAUUUUCGAAAAAUUGGCGAAUUUUCAAUAAAAAUAUGUGUAAAAAU